AUGGACACAAGAAUCGAUAAGGCUCCAAUCUUGAUAUUACACUUUGAUUGCAUGGAUAUGGGCAUAGAUGGUGUUAGUUUCUCAAAACCAGGAGGUGGCAGUACCCCUAUUAAUACAGUUUCUAAUAUGGAUACCGCAAGUGACGCAGAACCAACUCAAGUAAACAGUGAUGUGUAUGACCCCGUCACCGAGAAUCCGAAUUAUGUAUCAACGUCAAAACCUUUGUUCAGAAACAGCAUUAGAUACAUU